UCCACGGUAGUCCUGAGCUGGAGCUGAACGCGCUCUUCCUGGCGCAGUGUCUCAGUCCCAGAGGGGAGCAGACGGCACAUGGGCACAAGAGGAAUUCUGACAGAAAAUAUAGAGCACCGAGAGCAAGGAAUCGAAGACUGGAGAUGAUCAUGAUGGCACAAGCAAGAGCUGAAGACCCUUCGCUGUCACUCCACAGCCUCCCGUGUGAAUCAGACUGUUUUGGGGACACAGUGACCUCUUACUCUCAGGACAUGUGCAUAAAAAGUGAGCCUGUCGAUGAGGACAUUUCCCACCCUCAAUAUUGUACUGAGGUUCAAGGAUUCACUUCUAAAGAGAUGGGCUCAGGGCUGCAUCUGGACAUUAAUCACAUUAAAACAGAGAUUGUCACGGUCAAAAUAAUGGAGGAUGCUGCAGAUCUACAGUCGAGCAGUACCACUGAGGUACUCUGCUUUCCUUCAAAGCACUUGAACUCUUGUACUUAUCUGUUACCCAAUCAGUACCAAUCACAGACAAGUGAAAUUAAAGUAGAACAGCAUUCUCAGUUACUGGAACCUUCUUGUGCAGUGAGGGCAGUUAAAGAAGCUGCUCAUUAUGGCAUUAAGGAAGAAUAUUCAGGUUUGCCGGUGUCUGUUGUUUGUCCUUUGUCCAGACAAUGUAAGUCAGAGACAGAAGACAUUAAGGUAGAGCAGCACUGUCAGUUAGAAGGGUCCUCCAGCACAGGGACAUGCAUUUUUUCUCAAUGUAGUAACUUAAAUUGCCAUAAGUUUAUAAUUUCUUUAAGACAAUAUAAAUGUAGUGAAUGUGGAAGCAGUUUUUCCAAUUUAGACGAGUUAAAAGAGCAUGAGCUUUUUCACGUUGAUGAAAAACGAUAUAAAUGUAGUGAAUGCGGAAAGGGUUUUUCCCAAGCGGGUGCUGUAAAACUCCACCAACGUACCCAUUCUGGUGAGAAACCAUAUAAAUGUAGUGAAUGUGGAAAGAAUUUCUCUCAGGCAGGUACGUUAAAACUCCACCAGCGUGUUCAUUCUGGUGAGAAACCAUAUGAAUGUAGCCAAUGUGGUAAAAGUUUUUCCUAUCAGAGUAUCUUAAAACAGCACCAGCGUGUUCAUUCUGGCGAGAAACCAUAUAAAUGUAACGAAUGUGGAAAAAGUUUUUCUCAAGCGGGUACUUUAAAAUUUCACCAGCGUGUUCAUUCUGGUGAGAAACCCUAUGAAUGUAGUGAAUGUGGCCAAAGUUUUUCCAGAGGAGACACCUUAAAACUCCACCAGCGUGUUCAUUCUGGUGAGAAACCCUAUAACUGUAGUGUGUGUGGAAAGAGUUUUUCCUAUGGAAGUACAUUAAAACAGCAUCAGCUUCUUCAUUCUGGUGAGAAACCAUAUAAAUGUGGUCACUGUGGUGAAGGGUUUAUCAGAGGAUAUGAGUUAAAAAGGCACCAGUUUCUUGUUCAUUCUGGUGAGAAACCACAUAAAUGUACUGAUUGUGGAAAAGCUUUUUCCCAUCCAAGUCGCUUAAAAAUCCAUAAUCUUGUUCAUUCUGGUGAGAAACCACAUAAAUGUGAAAAAUGUGGAAAGAGUUUUUCUCAGGCAAGUCACCUUAAGGAUCACCAACUUAUUCAUUCUGGUGAAAAACCAUAUAAAUGUAUCGAAUGUGGAAAGAUGUUUUCCCAUGGAAGUACCUUAAAACAGCACCAGUUUGUUCAUUCUGAGGCAAAGCCAUUUAAAUGUCAGUGUGGUAAGAGCUUUUCCAGAGCAGAUUACUUUAAACAGCACCAGCAUCUUCACUCUGGUGAGAAACCUUUCAAAUGUAGCCAGUGUGAAAAAAGUUUUUCCUAUAGAAGUACCUUAAAACAGCACCAGCUUGUUCAUUCUGGUGAGAAAACAUAUAGAUGUGGUCAGUGUGGAAAAACCUUUCCUCAUCGAGGUGCUUUAACACAACACCAGCUUGUUCAUUCUGGUGAGAAACCAUAUUAUUGUAAUGAAUGUGGGAAGACUUUUUCACAUCCAAGUGACUUAAAACUUCACCAGCGUAUUCAUUCUGGUGAGAAACCAUAUAAAUGUGGUCAGUGUGGGAAAAGUUUUUCCAGAGAAGAUCAUUUAAAACAGCAUCAAGUUGUUCAUUCUGGUGACAGACCAUAUGUAUGUAGCCAAUGUGGAAAAAGUUUUUCCCAAGGAAGCACCUUGAAAGAGCACCAGCGUGUUCAUUCUGGUGAGAAACCAUAUAUAUGUAUUCAAUGUGGGAAAAGUUUUUCUCAUCGAAGUACCUUGAAACAACAUCAGGUUGUUCAUUCUGGUGAGAAACCACAUAAAUGUAGUCAAUGUGGGAAAAGUUUUGCUCUGGCAAGUACCUUGAAACUUCACCAGCUUGUUCAUUCUGGUGAAAAACCACAUAAAUGUAGUGAAUGUGGAAAAUGUUUUUCUCAAGCAGGUCACUUAAAAGACCACCAGCUUAUUCAUUCUGGUGAGAAACCAUAUAAAUGUACCAAGUGUGGAAAAUGUUUUUCUAGAGGAAGUCAUUUAAAACGGCACCAGCUUGUUCAUUCUGGUGAGAAACCAUAUAAAUGUAUUGAAUGUGGAAAAUGUUUUUCUCAAGCAGGCACCUUAAAUCUUCACAAGCUUGUGCAUUCUGGUGAGAAACCAUAUAAGUGCAGUCUGUGUGGAAAAAGUUUUUCCAGAGGAGGUCAGCUGAAACAGCACCAGCUUCUGCAUUCUGGUGAGAAACCAUAUAAAUGUAGCGAGUGUGGAAAAUGUUUUUCUAGAGGUGGGCAAUUGAAACAGCACCAGCUUGUUCAUUCUGGUGAGAAACCGUAUACAUGUAGUCAAUGUGGAAAAAGUUUUUCUCGUGGAGGUCACUUAAAAGACCAUCAGCUUAUUCAUUCUGGUAAGAAACCUUAUAAAUGUAGUCAGUGUGGAAAGAGUUUUUCUCAUCCGAGUACCUUAAAAAAGCAUCAGCGUGUUCAUUCUGGUGAGAAACCAUAUAAAUGUAGUCAGUGUGGAAAGAGUUUUUCUCAAACAGGUACUUUAAAUCUCCACCAGCGUGUUCAUUCUGGUGAGAAACCAUAUAAAUGUGGUGUGUGUGGAAAAAGUUUUUCGUAUGGAGGUCACUUGAAACAGCACCAGCUUGUUCAUUCUGGUGAGAAACCAUAUAAAUGCAAUGAAUGUGGAAGGAGCUUUUCCAGAGGAGGCAAUUUAAGACAGCACCAGUUUGUUCAUUCUGUUGAGAAACCAUAUAAAUGUAGCCAGUGUGAAAAAAGUUUUUCUUGUGGAAGUCACUUAAAAAAGCACCAGCUUGUUCAUUCUGGUGAGAAACCAUUUAGCUGUUUCCAGUGUGGAAAAAGUUUUUCCAGAGGAGGUCACUUAAAACAACAUCAGCGAGUUCAUUCUGGUGAGAAACCUUACAUAUGUCAUGAAUGUGGAGAAUGUUUUUCACGUGGAGGUCAUUUAAAACAGCACAAGCUCAUUCAUUCUGGUGAGAAACCGUAUAAAUGUAGCGAAUGUGGAAAAAGUUUUUUCCAGGCAAGUACCUUGAAACAGCACCAGCGUGUUCAUUCUGGUGAGAAACCCUAUAACUGUAGUCACUGUGGAAAGAGUUUUGCUCUUAGGAAGUAUCUGAAAAACCAUGAAAGAACACACUAAAGGAUUUCAUGUAAUUCUAAAGCAUAAAAAGCAGCAAGUCAUCAACAAACUCAAACUGAAGAAAUAAAGCAUAAUUUAAUAACAGAUUCACAAAGGAAACUAAAAAGUUGAAUUCAAAGGACUUUGUAGUGCUUGUGAGAAAGGUUGUUCUGCAGUCUGAAUUCACACAGUAGUCUAAUAGAUUACUUCUUGGAUCCCCGAUAUUGCGCUUUGAUCAUUGUUGAGUUUUUUUUUUUUUUCUUUCUGUCAACACUUGUUUUCUCACUUCAAAAUGACCACAGUAGCCAAUGUUCAGACAUGGUAAUUUGAACCCAGAGACAUGCUUAUUUUUGCAUACAAAAUGUAAAGACUAAUCUCAUUACAGAUUGUUUUCCCAGAUAUUUUUCCACAGACUUAACAGAACUACACUAUCAGCCUUUAAUGAGUCAUUGUCUUGAUGGAAUAAUUGUAACAUUUGAACAUAUUUUUUACAUCCCUGGUGUUUCGGCUAGUUGUAGUUUCAUAGGACAGAGUAUCGGUAACCAAAUCUUGUGUAUAAAAUAUUAUUACUCCUGCCCAGUAUAAGAAGGGUUAUUUUUGACAGGGUUGGUUCAAGCGAACAUAGACUUGUAAGGUUAUGUACUUGAAAACAGCUGCAAAAGACUGAAAUAAAGUGUUAAUUUGUGAUC